CCGAUCCCCCGUGACGCGCCGCGGCCCGGUGGCGGCGUCUAUGGCGCGGCGCCAAUCACGGGGCGGCGCGGCGCGGCGGCCAAUGGGCGGGCGGCGGCGGCCUGACGUGUGCUGCUGUAAACAUUGACACAACACUGACCUCCCCGCACCGACCUAAAGAACACACAAGAUGGCGGACGAUCAGCAAUUCUGCUUGCGGUGGAAUGAGUUCCAAAGCAACAUGGUCUCCUCCUUUAAGCAUCUGCGGGAGGAGAAGAGCUUCACAGACGUGACAUUGGCCUGCGAUGGACAAACUUGCAAAGCCCACAAGAUGGUGCUGUCUGCAUGUUCACCAUAUUUCAAGGCUUUGCUAGAGGAAAACCCUUCAAAGCACCCAAUAAUCAUCUUGAAAGAUGUCCCAUUCAGCCACUUACAGGCAAUUCUGGAGUACAUGUAUGCUGGGGAGGUCAAUGUAGCUCAGGCAGACCUCCCUAAUUUCCUCAAGACUGCGGAGCGACUCAAGGUUAAGGGCCUUGCUGAAGUUAACCAAAAUGAGCGGCAAGACCGCUGAAACACUGCCCAGGUCGAGGGAGGCUUGGGAAACAGUUUGUCGGAGAAGCCAAAGCCACUUCUGUCUCCUCCACCAGCCUUCUCUUGCUGCUGAUCCUAUCCCUCCCACCAGCCCACUACCAAUUCCUUACCCAAGACACCUCACCACCUUCUCAAUUUAAAUACUUUUCUCUCUCCCUCCCUCUCAGAUAAGUUAUGAAUUUCUCUCUCUCUCUCUCUCUCUCAACCAAAAGACAUUACCGUUUGUCCUGCUGCUCAGGUCUGUGAUGUAGCUUUCAAGAUUAUUGCAUCACCACCAAUAUAUCAACAGCUGAAAAUUGAAAACUCUUACCUCUCCUUGCCUUCUUCCAUUGCCUGGGCUGUCCUGUUGUUAUCAGCCUAUAAUAGUAUCAUAUAUAGACUAAAAACACAUUCACGGUAGAUUAAAAGGGCAAAGGUAAUCCUCUGAUUAUCCAGAUAAUAUCCAGCCUCUGCUUAAGUAAGGUUAUAUAAUCGGGUAAUAUUUAAUUACUUGUAAAAGCUAUUGCUAUGAAAUUUUCACCUGAAACAUAUAAUCAGGCUGGAUUUCAAUGUGUCAGAAAUGAUCUCUUCUGAGAUUAUUAGAGCAAUGGUGGACACAUGAAGCAUUGGUAAUAACUUAGAUAUGUACAUGUGCUGGUGUCUUGGGAGUCUAUGAAUAUCCUUUUUUUUUCAUGUAGGUUAUCAGUAUUUUUCUGUGUAAAGAAUCUUGUCCCUGCUGUGUUGAAGACUAUGAAAACUAUUGUCUCCUAAGAUAAUCCUAGUUUGUCUGUAUGAUUUUGGAACAUUCCUUUUUUUUGUUAUUCUUUUUUCAUUUCACCUUCCCUUCCACCUAUUUUUUUGUCUUGUAUAUUCUUCGUUAUAAUCUGUUUGUGUUUUGAUGAGCAGACAGUAGUAAUAAGGCAACAGCUCCUGUAGAGGAUAUGUUAAGAGGAACCCUGGGAACAUGUAGCUGGGUCAACUCCAUUAAAAAAAAUAUAUCUCAGGAGGGGUACUUGCUGCUCAACACAUAUUGAACUUCACAUUAUAUAUAUAUAUAUAUAUAUAUAUAUAUAUAUAUAUAUAUAUAUAUAUAUAUAUAUAUAUAUAUAUAUAUAUAUAUAUAUAUAUAUAUAUAUAUAUAUAUAUAUAUAUAUAUAAGGGCUCUUUUGGCUUUUCUCAUUCUUUAGGUUUAAUACAUAUAUUAAUUGAUCAUAAAUUCAGGUUUAGGAUUUAUGUACUGCUCAAGGAAUGGAGCAGUGAGUGCAGACAUGAGUAUCUGUUAUGGCAUUGCAUUUUCUUAUUGUGUAGGCCUAUGCUUCAGCUGUGGCUGGUAUGCAAACAACAGGACAGCCUUCCACUGGCCUAAAAUUUGAACUUUCCUGUCUCCCAGAAGUGUUUUAGUGAAGUUUCUUGUGAAUUCUAUUCCCUAUACAGUUUACUGCUUGUCAAAUCUUUCAUGAAUUGUCACUUAAAAGAUGAUGGGCAUGGGUUGUUAUCACCCCAUUCUUGAUGUGAUAUAUUGACAACCAUGUUCUGUGCUCAAAGAGGCUUUAUUUUACAUAUAAUUAGCGACUCCAUUUUUUCUUGUAGAACUGUUCUUGGUGAGGCAGUCUGUUAGACUCCUCCAUGAAGUAAGAGGUUGGUUAUUACCAAGCAUAGUCUGGUGUGUGUUGUUAUUGUAGAUUACUGUGAAAGCAGAGAGGAGGGGCACUGUACCUAACUCUGUAUUCCAUGAAGUUUUGAAAAAAAAAAAAAAAUACAAACAAGUCAAAAGGGACUUUGCUGGCACUGCUCAUCAAAGCUGAACCACCCCAGCAGCCACCCACACUCCAAUCCCCAGCCAGAGUUAUUCUGGAGGAGGAGGGGUAGGUCAGAGGUGUCCCUGUAAGUGUUACCACAUCCCCACCCUGGCCUACCAGCUCUCACAGAUUUAGGCCACCACAACACAGAGUGAACCCCACCAAGAGCAGUGUUACCAGCAUGGACUGAGACCUUUUUUAUUUAUCCAGGAUAAAUGACACCAUAUGCCAGCUAAGACUGCUGCCUGGCCUAUAGGGUCUGAGUCCAAACUCUGUCAGGUGUGACCAAGACAUAAUGGCGCCCAGUAAUGUGCCUCCAACUUUUGGCCUCAUAUAUAUUCUUGGUUAUUUCUAUAUAUGUUUUCACUUCACUAAGAGAAGAAUUUGGACAGUUAAUUGCUUACAAUAUUUUUUUCAUUAAACUGAGGGUUUAUUUAGCCUUGGUGAAACUAUGGAAUGCCACUAGGAAAGUUAAUUAAUUUUCAGGAGCCUGAUCAUUAAUAUAAAUGCAAUAGAAAUAUUUAAACUAUUAGAUAUCUUUUUUUUCCUUUCAAGACUUUUCAUAGAGUUAAACAAGGCUUGUGGAAUGUGAAGAAAGUGGUGUGGCCUGGGAGCCUGUGUGUGCAUGUGUUUGUGUGUGUGGUGUGCCGCCCAACCCAGGUACCCACUCCAAAAGGUAGUAUACGCAGGGGUGUAGCUUUGUACCUAGAGUAGCAUGGAGCAGUUUUGUACAAGAAGUCAAAUAAGUUUUUAAUAAAACCCGAA